AUGACAUCAUCUUCAACCUCAAGGAUUCUCCAGCAGUGGAGCUACGGCUGGGACAACUACACAUCGGCGCCCUUUGUUGCCAUUGCAGAUGAUGACAUCAUCUUCCACCUCAAGGUGACCGCAUUCCUGCUCUUCAACCUCUCGGGAUCAACCCACGGAAACCAAUCUCCCAUGGGCCGCCCCUACCUGAUAGGCAGCAAGGACCAGGGCUACCACCGCCCCUCCACCGACUUUCGUCUGGGUCUCUUGCCCCCACCGCUUCCCUCCCACCUCCAGGUGACUCCGUUUCUCCUCUUCAACCUCUCGGGAUCAGCCCAGGCAAACGCCACUUCACCCCACGGCCGCCCCUACCUGAUGGGCAGCGAGGACCAGGGCUACCACCGCCCCUCCACGGACAGCCCUAUUGGCCAGGCAAACCAAUCUCCCAUGGGCCGCCCGUACCUGAUAGGCAGCAAGGACCAGGGCUACCACCGCCCCUCCACCGACUUUCUUUUGGGUCGCCGCGCCUAUGCCGGCAACUUCAUGGUUCAGCUGCCGCUGCUGCUGCCGCGGGGGGCCGUGCGGGGGUAUAGAGAAGCGGUGGGUGCGGCUCAUCCCAAGAUGGCAGGGGGGUAUGACGAGGCUGUGCAGUGGUGGGCGGAGCACGGCGGGCAGUACAGGGAUCAGAUUGCCCACACUGUGAUGGGCAACUACCUGUGGAACAAUGAGAAGGAUAAGAUGGAGUUUGCAAUGGAGUGGACGGACCACACGCCCAUCCCGCGAGUGGGCGUGCAUCUGCCCUACACCAACCUGUUCAAGGACCUCGGGGGUUCUCCGGUUGACCCUGCCUCCAAGCUCAACCUCUCCUUUGUUCAGACGGCCGCUCACUACCAGCGAGAAACCAUUUGCCACUCCCUGCCACCAGGUUCGUUCAAUGAGACCAGGAAAAGGUAUUAA